AGUCUCACCGGAAGCUCAUGUGCCGCUCAGAAAGUGUAUCGUAGCAGAUAACAACACUGUGUUAUUACAUGCACUGUCCAGUUUAGCUGCAACGAUAUAACAUAUAUCAAUUAAAAGAAUUUAGACAUGCCUAGAGACAGCAGAUCUUACCGAAAACGUAGUCGCAGCACAUCACGUGACAGAAGCAGUAAGAAGCGGAGAAGCCGUUCUAGAAGCAUCGAACGUAGGUCACGCCGAUCAAGAUCAAGGGAACGAAAACGAAGUAGAUCUCGAGACCGAAGUCAGAAAGAGUCAAAAGAUAGAAAGCGACGAUCACCAUCAAAAGAUAAAGACCAUUCAAAGAAAAAGGAAAAAAGCAGACGGUCAAAGAGCAAGUCUCAGAGUCCAGAGAAGCGAGUGACUCAUCGUGAAGGUGCUCUAUCUGUAAAAGAUGAGCCUAUCAGUAAGGAAGAAGAACAGAAACAUCUUGAGGAAGAAAUGCAAAAACGCCGUGAGAGAAUAGAAAAGUGGCGUCAAGAGAGGAAAAAACAGCAAGAGCUGAUACCAAUCAAUUUUGCUCAGCCCUCCAAGAAAUGGACUUUAGAGGAUGAUGAAGAUGAAGACGAAGAAGAAGUAAAUAAUGCUGCAGGUGUUGAUGAAGAUAUUGAUCCUCUUGAUGCAUACAUGCAGACAGUAAAUGAUGAAGUUAAGACAUUGCGAGACCCCGAAAAGCCUGCUAAAGAAUCGGAGCCUAAACAAAAAGUACAGUUUGUGACAGCUGUGGUAAAGAAGAAGGCGGAUCCAGCCAAGCACAAGGGAGAGCUGAUGGAGAGCAACAUUGAUGCCAUGGAGUAUUCUUCAGAGGAAGAAGAAGAGGACUUGGACUCAGCUAUGGCAAAUAUGGUGAAAAAGAGAAAGGAAUUGACAGUUGUCAACCAUGAAAAGAUAUACUAUGCCCCCUUCAGAAAGAAUUUUUAUGUUGAAGUUCCAGAGAUCGCAAACAUGACACCAGCAGAGGUAGAGCAACUGCGCAAUGAAUUGGAAGGCAUCAAAGUUAGAGGAAAAAAUUGUCCUAAACCAAUCUACAGCUGGGCUCACUGUGGUGUUAAUAAGAAAGUGAUGGAUGCUCUUAAAAAGCACAAUUAUGAACGUCCAACUCCUAUUCAAGCUCAGGCCAUUCCAGCAGUGAUGUCUGGUCGUGACCUUAUUGGUAUUGCUAAGACAGGUAGCGGAAAGACGCUGGCUUUUGUACUCCCCAUGUUACGCCACAUUCUUGAUCAGCCCCCGAUAGAAGAGGGUGAUGGUCCUGUUGCUGUCAUUAUGACUCCUACACGUGAGCUGGCACUACAGAUCACAACAGAAUGCCGCAAAUUCACAAAACCACUGGGUCUGCAUGUAGUGUGUGUGUAUGGAGGUACUGGUAUAUCUGAACAAAUUGCGGAGUUGAAACGAGGAUGCGAAGUAAUUGUCUGCACACCAGGACGCAUGAUUGACAUGCUGUCAGCCAACAGCGGGCGAGUCACAAACUUGAGACGGUGUACUUAUGUGGUCUUGGAUGAGGCUGACCGUAUGUUUGACAUGGGGUUUGAACCUCAGGUUAUGCGAAUUAUUGACAACAUACGGCCAGAUCGCCAGACAGUGAUGUUCUCAGCCACAUUUCCACGCCAGAUGGAAGCACUGGCUCGUCGAAUAUUGAACAAACCUAUUGAAGUACAAGUGGGAGGUCGCAGUGUUGUGUGCAGAGAUGUCAAUCAGAAUGUGAUAGUGAUUGAAGAAGACAAAAAGUUGUUCAAGCUGCUUGAACUGCUGGGAAUCUAUCAAGAACAGGGGAGUGCACUAGUGUUUGUUGACAAACAAGAACAUGCUGAUGAAUUAAUGAAAAUGCUAAUGAAGCAUGCGUACCCAUGCAUGGCACUACACGGAGGCAUUGACCAGUAUGAUCGAGACUCCACGAUCCUGGAUUUCAAAAAUGGUAUCUUCAAAGUCCUGGUGGCCACUUCAGUAGCAGCUCGUGGUUUGGAUGUCAAACAUUUGAUUCUAGUUGUCAACUAUGAUUGUCCCAACCACUAUGAAGAUUAUGUUCACAGAUGUGGUCGGACAGGCCGGGCAGGAAACAAAGGCUUUGCUUACACUUUUAUAACUCCAGAACAGGAAAGGUAUGCUGGGGAAAUUAUCCGUGCCUUAGAGCUAUCAGAAGCUCCGGUUCCUGAAGAACUGAAUAAACUGUGGAAUGAGUACAGGGAGAGAGCCAAAGCAGAGGGACGCACCAUAAAGUCAUCAAGUGGGUUCAAAGGUAAAGGGUUCAAGUUUGAUGAGAUGGAAGCUCAGCUAGCUGAUGAUCGGAAAAAACUGCAGAAAGCAGCACUGGGCCUGCAGGACUCUGAUGAUGAAGAUGCUGGUUUGGAUAUUGAGCAAAAGAUUGAAGAUAUGUUUGCCAGUCGCAAGCGUGUCACAGAUGUUGCAAAGCCAGUGCCUGGCCAGAUGGGCCCUCCUAUACCAGGCAUGAUGGGCCCACCAGGUGUAAACAUGAUUCCAGCCGCACUGGCGAUGCAAGGCUUUCAGUGCAUGGUGCAAGGGAUGGUUCAGACCAUGGUGCAGAAUGUGCAAAACUUCAUUCAGAACUCUCCCAUAAAUAACCCCAAGAUGGAGUUGGCAAGGCGACUGGCGGCCAAAAUCAAUAUUCAGAAGAACCUGGGACCCGAAGCACAGGACAUUACACAGCAGGCAGCAGCAGCCAUCAUGAAGGGAGGUUCAAUUCAGGCUCCCCAAGUUGCAUCCAAGACUAUUGCUGAACAGAAAGCAGAGAAGAUUAAUGCUAAGCUUGGGUACAAACCUCCAUCUGAAGAGAAUGAAGAGUCUGAAAUGCCUGCUGAGACAUUCAAACGCUAUGAAGAGGAGCUGGACAUUAACGACUUUCCCCAGACAGCUCGUUGGAAGGUCACAUCCAAGGAUGCUCUGGCUCAAAUCUGUGAGUACUCGGAAGCAGGUAUCACAGUACGUGGCACUUAUGUGCCGCCAGGAAAAGAACCAAAAGAAGGAGAACGACGUCUGUAUCUGGCCAUUGAAGCAACCAAUGAACUUGCCAUAAGCAAGGCCAAGAAGGAGAUCACACGGCUGAUUAAGGAGGAACUGGUUCGCCUGCAAAACUCCUACCAGCCUAUCAACAAGGGGCGCUACAAGGUGUUAUAAAGGAGAUCUCUGCCAUGCACUCUGUCCCUCAUUGAGAGGAGAUUGGAGAUGAUUUCAUUUAAUGGGAGGAGCCAGAAGGGGCCACCGAGAGUUACAGUCCACGAUUCACGUUUUGCAAUUUUUGUGCCAACAGUGCAUUGGGUCUUCUUAUAAUUAUGCAUUACGUGAAUGGAGUUUUUCUUGCAUUUUAUAUGUGACUGUUUUCAUAACAAUGACUUUAUGAACUUACGACACAAGCAGAGCAAAUGCAUCUGGCUAGAGAGGGGAGGUCAUGAGCAGUUGCUAGAAGUUUGUCAAACAACACUCUUCCAGGCUUCAGGGUCUGUGUUCAUUGUAAGUCCUUUUUUUUUCAAAAAUGCAGUCAUGGUAGAGGGAGGUUUAAGGAAACAAAGAGGUGUUGUGUGUCUUGCUCACUUUUUCAGGAUUUAUUUCUCAUGUUUUGCACCUACGUGCUGUAUGAGAUUGUCACCAGGAUAGCAGUGGACAUUAGCAAUAAGAUUAAAUAUAAGUAGUAUAUAUGUAUACAAAACAGCUUUUCUUUCGAAUUUACUGUUUGACUUACAAAGAAGGGCCUUGAGUCAGAGUUAUCAAGAGAUGAUUCCAUGUUAAAAAUGUUAGCACAUUUUCUGAAUUGUUCAAAUUUUUGUGUGUGUGUGUGUGCAAGUGUAGGGAGAGAGGGGUGGAAUGUAGGUGUCAGUGAGGGAAAGAAUUGUGGCAAGUACCUACUUCUUUGCUUUUUUUUAAAAUAUAAGUACAAAUAGAAGUAACCUGAAUUUUAUCAGUCAUAAGUGAAAUGAAUGGCAAAAAUUCAGCAUGUCGGAUAUUUUCUUGCAUAUUAAUACUUCCUGAAUGAAAAAGAAUGUUUUAUGAUCAUGA